CCUCUCUCUCUCUCUCUCUCUCCUCAUGAAACUUUUUUUUUUUUUUUUGACAUGGCUCCUCAUGAAACUUUGUGAGCCUGUUUUUGCCCAAAACUAGGCUGCAUUAUUUUGCAGAUUCAGGCCAUCAUCACAUCAGAUAGAGACAAACCCACAUCACCAAGCCCUUUUCCUCUCUUUCUCUCCUCCGAUACCAUCCUCCUCUUUACCUCCAUUUUCAUGUCUUCCGUCAUCGAUUCGCAGCAAUCUCUCCCUCUCCCCUGUACCUGGCUCCGAACGAAAUGGCUUCACUUGGUCUCUGAUGGCCCUUUCCCUAGCUUCUCCUUGAUGGUUUCCCGCUUGCCCCUUCAAUUCUCUCGCAAAGAUGACUGAUCACAAGGUUCUGAUAUUUGGGUCAUUCACAGAAGAUGAAAUCAAGUCCUUGCAGAGGCAGUCCCCAAAGACUGAUAUAGAAAUUAAAUUUGGUUCUAUUGAUUCUGAAACUUUGAAAUCUGUGGGGAUUUUCAGCACUAAAUUGUCAGAGGUCAAUCAUACUGCAGGAUGUAUAUCAAAACUGGUCAAUAAGAAAAAUGCAGCGACAUGUUCUACAGUAGAAAGUACAGCUCCGAUAGCAGGCACAACCAUAGAUGAAAAUGGAAGCGUCCAUCAUAGAUGUUCUGUUAGCUGUAGUGAUGGUAUACAAGGAUUGAAAAUUGCUAAUGUAGAGCUAACCCAUUCGUGCUUCUCCGAAAAUGUUUCUAAUUUUUCAAAGGAGUUUAGUGGGGAACACCAUUUUGGUGAAAUUGUGACUAUACCAUCUAACCUCAUUGCGAAUGAAGCCUUGGUUAGCUCAUCAGAAGGUGUGGACCUUGUGAAUUCCAGAGAAAGUAUUCUUGAGACAUCUAAUGGACGAACUGCAGCUGUCAGAAAUUUAUUACCUCGAGGUUUAGUCAACAUGGGGAAUCUAUGCUUUCUCAAUGCAACUCUGCAGGCUCUACUCUCUUGUCCUCCGUUUGUUCUACUUUUACAGGAAUUGAGAACUCGUGACAUACCAAUGGAUGAGUAUCCAGCGUUACGUGCGUUUGUUGAGUUCAUCUCUGAUUUUGACACUCCCAUGGAGUCAAGCUCAAAGAAAAAAGAGAUGUUUCUAGAAACUGGAAAGCCUUUUCGCCCCGACAUGUUUGAAACGAUUUUGAAAAUUUUCACUCCUGAUGUUCCAAACAGUAUACAUGGCAGGCCAAGGCAGGAAGAUGCCCAGGAGUUCCUAAGUUUUAUCAUGCAUCAGAUGCAUGAUGAAUUGCUUAAACUUGAAGGUCAAAUUUCAAUCUGUAACGGGGAAAGAACCUCUUUGGUUUCAUCAAUAAACGACGAUGACGAUGAUGAUUGCUGGGAGACUGUCGGCCCAAAAAACAAGACGGCAAUUACAAGAACACAGAGCUUUAUUCCUUCGAAAUUAAGUGUCAUUUUUGGGGGUCAAUUGAGAAGUGUCGUGAAGGCAAGAGGUAGUAAGGCCUCAGCUACUGUUCAACCAUUUCUUUUGCUCCAUCUUAAUAUUUGCCCAGAUCCUGUCUGUACCAUAGAAGAUGCACUACAUCUAUUUUCUGCUCCCGAGACACUUGAAGGCUAUCGAACAUCUGCUCCUGGAAAGGCUGAGGUGGUGAAUGCUAGCAAGUCUGUUAAGAUACUGGAGCUUUCUGAGAUAAUGAUAUUGCAUUUGAUGCGUUUUAGCUAUGGGAGCCAAGGAAGCACCAAACUGCAUAAACCUGUCCGGUUUCCUCUGGAGCUGGUUUUUGGACGGGAAAUAAUAGUUUCACCGUCUUCUGAGGGGCGAAGAUACGAACUUGUUGCCACAAUUACUCACCACGGGAGGGACCCGUCGAAGGGGCAUUAUACUGCAGAUACCCGCCACCCAAACGGAAAGUGGUUGCACUUUGAUGAUGCUUCUGUAACUGUUAUACCCACAAGCAAGGUACUUCAUGAGCAAGCUUAUGUCCUCUUCUACAAGCAACUGUAGACAUGAGAUUCGGAAUUUGGGUUAUUCUUGUAAGAAAGGAGGGAUACAAAAAUGGUAUAUGUAUUUUAGUUAGGAGUUCUUCUUGAACUCCAUGGAGAGUUUGUAUGCAUGUAGGGUCAACUCCACAGUGGAAAACUGACGAGACAUAGAGGGUACUUGUGUUGUGUGUUCGUUGUAGAACAAGAGUUCAUGGCCAGGUGAAAUAGAUGAUCAUGACACAUUUAGAAGGAAAAUAUUGUUGCAAGAAUUGUGUACAAGGCUCAUGCGACAUCAAUGGGGAGGAAAAUUUGUUUUCGUGUA